AUGAGACAAAGAGGUCGUUUUGCCGGGUUCUCCCUUUAUGUUUCCAACUCAACUGUUAAAGAGGACGGGUAUCAAUGUUACUUAAACGGACCGGAGUUACCUUCCUUGGAUUUCAAUACUACAUGUGUAACACAUGGACGUUUUGUAAUAUUUUACAACGAAAGACUGAAUGGUAUAAAGUACCCUACAGGAUACCAAAUUUCAAACGUUUACACUGAAUUGUGUGAAGUAACGGUUACAGGAUGCCAGAAUCCUAGUGUUUAUGGAUAUGACUGUAAUCUCCCAUGUCCAGAAAACUGUCAAGAACGAAGAUGUUACAUUGUGAAUGGAACCUGUCUAGGAUGUACAGCUGGGUGGAUAGGAGAAUUCUGUAAUAAUUCCUGUCCUGCUGGAUAUUACGGUCCGGAGUGCAGAGCACCAUGCACUGGGUAUUGUAGAUACAUUAAGCCAUGUAAUCAUAGUACUGGUGAAUGUGACGAAGGAUGUUCUGACGGAUGGACAGGGAAUGAAUGCAGCAAAAAAUGUUCAGCAGAAAUGUAUGGUCCUGAUUGUAUGUACAGUUGUAGUGGACAUUGUUUAAAUGGCGUCCCUUGUAACAGAACAACAGGAAGUUGUAAUUCUGGCUGUAAACCUGGAUAUACCGGGGAGCAUUGUGAUAAAGCUUGUUCCAUUGGAUUCUAUGGACUGAAUUGUAAAGAACAAUGCAGUAACCAAUGUCGACACGGAAUAAACUAUUGUAAUCACGAAGAUGGACAUUGUGAAACUGGAUGUCAAGAUGGAUUUAUAGGACGUAAAUGUAAUAAGAUUUUAAUGCAGUACAUAGAAAAAUAG